UGUAACGCAAGUCAAUCAACUACUUUGCGCGGUACAACAUUAAGAAAACAUAUAGCAACACACUGCAUUCAAUUUAAUCUGAAUGAUACUGAUGUUUCGGAUCUUGCCACAUUUAUGGGUCAUGCUGAUAAAAUACAUAGAGAUCAUUAUAGGCAACCAAUAGCAAGCAGAGAUAUACUGAAAAUCUCCCGCUAUUUAGAAGCAGUAUCGGAAGGAAAUGCACAAAAUACGAAUAAUGAAUCGAUAUCGGACAGUGAUUCUGAAAUAGAAGAUAACAUAAUUGACGUUAACAACAAUAAUACUGGCGAAAUAAAUAUUUCAUUAUGUGAGACAUCAAAUCAUUCCAGAAAUUCUGACAAGCAAACGGAUGAACAAGGUGGAAAACGGAAACGUAGUACAUCUCCUUAUGGAAAAACAAAAAGAGUACGAUGGACAGAAAAUGAGAAAGAAGCAGUGCUUUCUGCGUUUGCACAACAUAUGGAAAAUCAUACAUUGCCGUCUCUAAAAGAGAUUCAAGAAGUAAAAAAAAAAUAUAUUUCUCUGGCUCGGCGUACAUCGCCGCAAAUCAAAACGUGGCUGCAUAAUAAACAAAAAACCUUGCAACAACAAUAGUUUUCAGUUUCACUGCCUCAUUUUAGGAGAACUUUGUAAAGGCGUUCAACUCAAGAUUAACGUUGAAUACACCUAGAUUAUCGGAUAUAUUGAAUAUAUUCAAUAGAAUCAGAGAACCUGAAUAUUGCUAUACCCAGCGAUGAGAAGUGGAUAGAAUGCUUAACGGAACAGAUUCAGUACAAGAUGGAAUUUAUAAAGUGAUAUGUUCCAGAAGAUGUUCAGCUGUAUCUUAUUUAACAUUCCAUAGCUGCUUGAAUAGUACUCAACUUGUUAAAAAAUCAUGAGAUUGAUAAAAGAAUAAUAGAUUACUUCUGUUCCUUUUUACAACAAAGCACAAGGCAGAAACAGUAAAGCAACCUUCACAGUGAUGUUUCUAUCAUCUCUGCAAACAUUAUUAAUAUAAGUCUUUGAUAUAUUUUGAUGUUUUCAAGUAAAUUUGUCAAGCCAGUGUAUGAAAUGCAGUGACAAAAGUCAUAAACUUAAAAACUUUAUGCAAUUAAAUCAAUUUUGAUAUAGAAAAAAUGUAUGAAAAGGUUGCAAAUUGAGAGCAAUUAAAGCUGACAAACUUUUAUUUUAUUAUAAUGUUAACAGUAGCGAAAUUCCAAGACAAAUGUAUAUUAGACACUUCAAUCUAAAUGUUCAAUGAUACUAAUGCGAUUUUUACUUGCUUUUGUGCUAAAAAAAUGAUAUGUGAUACUCGUCGGCGAUUUUAUUAACUAAAUUUUAAAAUAUUAAUUUUGCAUUUAAUUUAUUAAUGGUGCAGUUCUUUGUUACAUAUUAAAGUAGCAUUUUUUAUAGUAAAUAAAUAGGACACAUUUUCAUUUUACUGAUUAGAACAAGGUUUUGUUAUUG